ACAGGAUCAUGCAAUACACAAGUGUAAUCACGAACUCUACGGAUUCGCCUUCUACAGAAUCAUCAAGUAUCGCCAUAAAAAUCCUUGUUGGCAUUAUCCUCUGUCUUAUAAUAUUUCUUUCUAUAACAGGAAAUAUUCUAGUUUGCAUCGCUAUAUGCACCGAUCGUCGUCUUAGAAAAUUGGGUAAUUUAUUUCUAGUGUCCUUGGCUGUCGCAGAUUUAUUUGUGGCGGCGUUAGUGAUGACCUUUGCAGUUGCAAACGAUUUAAUGGAGUAUUGGGUAUUUGGACAGCAGUUCUGUGACACUUGGACAGCGUUUGAUGUUAUGUGUUCUACAGCUUCUAUUCUUAAUUUAUGUGCCAUUAGUCUCGACCGAUAUAUACAUAUUAAAGAUCCGUUGAGGUACACUCGAUGGAUGACAAAAAAGAUUGUUCUACUGAGUAUAGUCGCUAUAUGGUUAUUAUCGGUAUUAGUGUCGUUUCUACCUAUUUCUCUUGGUUGGCAUAAACCAAAGAACCAUAUUCAAAAAACUAUCGAAGAAAAACCCGUUUGUGCAUUAGAAUUGACAGCGUUAUAUGCUGUAGUAUCAUCUGUUAUUAGUUUUUAUGUUCCAUGCAUUGUAAUGGUUGCUUUGUACAGUAGAUUAUAUUAUUACGCGAGAAAACAUGUCGAAAGUAUUAGAGCUGUGACCAAAAUUACUCCAUGUGAUCAAAUAAACAAUCCAAUAAGAUCACUCAGCCAUAGCUCUCAUAUUACGACUGAUCACAAAGCAGCCAUUACACUGGGUAUCAUUAUGGGUUCGUUUUUAGUGUGUUGGAUGCCAUUCUUCUGUAUCAACAUUGUCGCUGGAUUUUGUAAAACAUGUAUUUCUGACGACGUCUUCAAGACACUUACGUGGCUGGGAUAUUGUAACUCUGCUUUAAAUCCAGUUAUUUAUAGUAUUUUUAACACGGAAUUCCGUGAUGCUUUUAGAAAAGUAUUAGUUACGUAUUUCCAUACUGACUGUUGUUCCGUGAGUAGAUGUCAUUCCUACCAUAAAUCAAGAAAAAGUCGAACCUGCGAUGGAAAAUUGUAUAUGGCACCUUCCGGUUUUAAUCAAAGAACGGAUGAUCCUUUGAAAGAAACAAAUGGUGACAGUACACAAAUAUAACAUUUGCAAAGAAAAUAUUUGAGAAUAUUUUUGAAAUUAUCGUCAUAAUUAAUUAAUUAGAUAAGUAAAUACUGUAUUGUGUUUAAUCGAUGAUGAAACCCACCGACAUUUUUCGUUUUAAAUCAUUUUAAACGAUGUUAAUAACUAUAAUUUACAUGUUACGACAAUCAACAUAAAAACGAACUGUUUUUACAUUAAUGUUCGGCGAAGAAAAGUUAAUGACAACU